AUGCAGCCACUCCACUUCUCAUACAAGAGGAACAGAAACAGAUUUCACAUACCGUCCAUUGGCCUUACCCUUGUGCUGCUCAUCUCCUUGGCGCCUUGCACCAGUUCGUCCUGCAUGGAGCUGGAGAGGACAUCCCUCCUCCAGUUCCUCUCAGAGCUCUCGCAGGAUGCCGGUCUCACCAAGCUUUGGCAAGGUACUGAGUGCUGCAAAUGGGAAGGAAUCACCUGCAACCAAAAUGGGACAGUCAGUGCUGUCUCGCUCCCUUACAGGGGCCUUGAGGGGCUUAUCUCGCAGUCCCUUGGGAACCUCACCGACCUGCAGUACCUAAACUUGUCCUACAACUCACUGUCCGGUGGCCUUCCGCUCGGAUUGGUGUCAUCCAGCAGCAUCAUCGUCAUCGACGUCAGCUUCAACCAGCUCAGUGGAGACCUGAUUGAGCUGCCAGCUUCAACCCCGGGCCAGCCUCUACAGGUACUUAACAUCUCGAGCAACUUGUUUAAAGGGCAGUUUACAUCCACAACAUGGAAGGGGAUGCAGAAUCUGAUUGCACUGAAUGCCAGCAAUAACAGCUUAACUGGGAAGAUUCCAAGUCAUUUCUGUAACAUAGCACCAUCCUUUGCUGUGCUUGAACUCAGUUACAACAAAUUCGGUGGCAGUAUCCCCUCAGGGCUUGGUAAUUGUUCCAUGCUCAGAGUACUCAAGGCUGGCCACAACAACCUCAGUGGGACUCUCCCCCAUGAACUUUUCAAUGCUACCUCGUUGGAAUAUCUCUCUUUUUCCAGCAACUGUUUACAUGGAAUACUUGAUGGUACACAUAUAGCCAAACUCUCUAAUCUGGUUAUCCUUGAUCUUGGAGAAAACAAUUUCAGCGGCAAGAUACCUGAUUCCAUAGGUCAACUCAAGAGAUUGCAAGAACUUCAUUUGGACUAUAAUAGCAUGUAUGGGGAGCUGCCAUCAACCCUGAGCAACUGCACAAAUCUCAUAACUAUAGACCUUAAGAGCAAUAGUUUCAGUGGCGAACUCUCCAAGGUUAAUUUCAACAAUAUGUCCAAUCUAAGAACCAUAGAUCUUAUGCUGAAUAACUUCAGUGGCACAAUUCCAGAAAGCAUAUACUCCUGUAGAAACCUGACUGCACUACGGCUAGCUUCGAAUAAGUUCCAUGGACAAUUAUCAGAAGGACUAGGCAAUCUGAAGUCCCUCUCGUUCCUGUCGCUUACAAACAACAGUCUUUCAAAUAUAGCAAAUGCACUUCAGAUACUAAGGACCUCCAAGAACCUGAGCACACUUCUUUUUGGGAUCAAUUUCUUUAACGAAACCAUACCAGAUGAUGCUGAAAUUUAUGGUUUUCAGAAUCUUCAGGUUUUGGACAUUGAAAAUUGCCACCUAUUGGGAGAAAUACCUCUUUGGAUAUCAAAGUUAGUAAAUUUGGAAAUGUUGGUUUUAAAUGGCAAUCAACUCAGUGGACCUAUACCAACCUGGAUUGACACACUGGACUACCUUUUCUAUUUAGACAUAUCAAACAACAGCCUUACAGGGGAAAUUCCGAAAGAAUUAAUGAAUAUGCCAAUGCUAACUUCAGAGAAGACUACAGCUCAUUUGGACGCAAGCGUCUUUGAUCUGCCAGUUUAUGAUGGUCCAUCACGUCAAUACCGCAUACCAAUUGCAAUUCCUAAAGCUCUAAAUCUAAGUAGUAACAAAUUCACGGGUCUGAUUCCCCCAGAGAUUGGUCAGUUGAAAGCCCUCCUUUCACUUGAUAUCAGCUCCAACAACUUAACUGGACCGAUCCCCCCAUCUAUCUGCAAUCUCACAAACCUGCUGGUGCUAGAUUUAUCCAACAAUAAUCUCACAGGUAAAAUCCCAGUUGCAUUGGAGAAUCUGCACUUCCUUUCCACAUUCAACAUUUCUAACAAUGACCUGGAAGGGCCUAUUCCAACUGGUGGCCAAUUCAGUACAUUUCAGAAUUCCAGCUUUUUAGGGAAUCCGAAGUUGUGUGGCUCUAUGCUCAGUCAUCGAUGUGAUUCAGCUGAUGUGCCUCAGGUAUCCACAAAAGGAAGAAAUAAGAAGGCCAAUGUUGCAAUUGCAAUUGGCGUGUUCUUUGCAGCAAUUGCCAUUCUUUUGUUGCUGUGGCGUGUCCUUGUCUCAAUCAAGGCUAACAAUCUAACAGCCCAAAGUAGAAGGGAGGAUAAUGGAGAUUUUGAAACAUUUUCAUUCAACUCCAGCUCAGAGCACGAACUGAUCAUGAUGACACGAGGAAAGGGAGAAGAAAGCAAGCUCACAUUCUCUGACAUUGUAAAAGCUACAGAUAACUUCAACAAAGAAAACAUCAUUGGGUGUGGUGGCUAUGGUCUAGUCUACAAGGCUGAGCUACCUGAUGGCUGCAAGCUCGCCAUCAAGAAGCUCAAUGGUGAAAUGUGCUUGAUGGAAAGGGAGUUCACUGCAGAGGUUGAAGCACUGUCCAUAGCUAAGCAUGACCAUCUUGUGCCACUGUGGGGAUACUGCAUCCAGGGAAACUCAAGGUUCCUCAUAUACUCCUACAUGGAGAAUGGCAGCCUGGACGAUUGGCUUCACAACAGGGAUGACGAUGCCAGCACAUUUCUUGACUGGCCAACAAGGCUCAGGAUUGCGCAAGGAGCAAGCCGUGGCCUUUCUUAUAUCCAUAAUGACUGCAAACCUCACAUUGUGCACCGUGACAUCAAAUGCAGCAACAUCCUACUCGACAAAGAAUUAAAAGCUUAUGUUGCAGAUUUUGGACUGUCAAGGUUGAUCCUUCCCAACAAAACCCACGUCACGACAGAGUUGGUUGGCACUCUAGGUUACAUCCCCCCUGAGUAUGCACAUGGAUGGGUGGCUACUCUGAGAGGUGAUAUAUACAGCUUUGGAGUUGUCCUUCUUGAGCUGCUCACAGGGUUGCGACCGGUUCCAGUCCAGACAACAUCAAAAGAACUUGUCCCAUGGGUGCUGGAGAUGAGCUCUCAGGGAAAGGAAGUUGAUGUCCUGGAUCCAACACUCUGUGGCACAGGGCAUGAAGAGCAAAUGCUUAAGGUGCUUGAGGUUGCUUGCAAAUGUGUGAACUAUAACCCUAGCAUGAGGCCACAUAUCAUGGAAGUAGUUACAUGCCUGGAAAGCAUCAAUGUUGGCCUGCAGACACAAAAGUCAGUCAAGACAAUACAGUUAGCCAGUCAUACGUGA